AAUAUAAAAACAGGAACCUCUGAUGUUAGAAAAUGUAUGAAUGCAAAGAAGCCAAAAAAAUAGCUACAUCUUAACAUUUACUCAUACAUCAGUGCUGCAGGUCGGGAAAAAAAAGCAGGAUUUUGGUGAAGAACACUGAUAAUCAGGCUUAAUAAUCAAAUCUCUGCAAGCAUUUGCUCUUAAAGCUGGUGUGUGAGUGUCACAGCGUCCAGAGACAUGGCCCCCUCACUGGCCACAGCUUUCUCUCGCCGCUGGUGGAUGGCAGUGACAGCGGUGAUUGAGAGUCUGCUUUUCUCUGCUGUACUUCUGGGAUGGGGCUCAUUACUCAUCAUGCUGAAAUCAGAGGGUUUUUACUCUACCCUCUGCAAAGAACCAGGCAACAAUACAAUGCAGAAUGUGUCUGAGGAGAGUAUAGGAGCCACAGUAAGCCCAGCUAACAAAAGUGAAGAGUUCUUGCAAAUGAAUGGCUGGCCCAUCUGUAAAGAACAGGAUGAGAUGCUAAAUCUGGCCUUCACCAUCGGCUCCUUCCUUCUAAGUGCCAUAACUCUCCCGCUGGGCAUCAUCAUGGACAAGUACGGGCCACGGAAACUUCGCCUGCUUGGCAGUGCCAGUUUUGCCAUCUCCUGUAUCAUGAUGGCUCAUGGAGCCAGUGAUCCAAGGAACCUCUCAGUCCUGAUCUUCUUUGCUCUGGCACUGAACGGGUUCGGGGGCAUGUGCAUGACCUUCACUUCCCUCACACUUCCUAACAUGUUUGGAGAUCUGCGCUCCACUUUCAUUGCACUCAUGAUUGGAUCCUAUGCCUCUUCUGCUGUCACUUUUCCAGGCAUUAAGGUGAUCUAUGACCUCGGCAUAGCCUUUAUCACCAUCCUGCUUGUCUGGGCCGGCUGUGCUGGCCUUGUCUUCAUCAACUGCUUCUUUAACUGGCCCCUGGAGCCCUUCCCUGGACCAGAGGACAUGGACUACACUGUGAAGAUCAAGUUCAGCUGGCUGGGCUUUGACCAUAAGAUCACAGGCAAGCAGUUUUACAGGCAGGUGACCACUGUGGGUCGUAGACUCAGUGUGGGGAACUCUAUGAAAAAUCAACCCAAAAUGCUGGCCACGCAGGAUGGAAAUAAGAUCUGCUUGUCCACCGUUGACCUAGAUGUGCAGUGCAAGUCUACAGAGGAGUCUCAGUCAUUCAUGCGCAGUGUCUUCAGCCCCAUCUUCCUGCUCAGCCUCAUCACCAUGUGUGUCACUCAGCUGCGACUCAUCUUCUAUAUGGGAGCCAUGAACAGCAUCCUGGAGUCGUUUACUGACGGAGACCUCAGCAGAGUGAGCACAUAUACCUCUAUCUUUGGUGUGCUACAGCUGCUCUGCCUCUUGACUGCUCCAGUGAUUGGUUACAUCAUGGACUGGAGAUUAAAAGAGUGUGAGGACAAGAACGAGAAACAAAUCACCAAAGACCCCACCCAGCCAAAGAAGCGUGAUAGGCAGAUCCAGCAAAUCAGCAAUGCCACCAGAGCCUUUAUUUUCACAAACCUGCUGCUAGUGGGCUUCGGAUUUACCUGCCUUAUCCCCAGCCUUUCUCUACAGAUUUUCUCCUUUAUAUUGCACACCAUUGUGAGAGGUUUUAUCCAUUCUGCUGUAGGAGGCCUAUAUGCUGCUGUGUACCCCUCCUCUCAGUUUGGCAGUUUGACAGGACUGCAGUCUUUGAUCAGCGCUCUUUUUGCUCUUCUGCAGCAGCCUCUCUUCAUGGUCAUGAUGGGCCCUUUAAAGGGAGAUCCUCUCUGGGUAAAUGUGGGCCUGCUGGGUCUCAGCAUGCUGGGCUUCUGCCUCCCUGGCUACCUGCUCUGUUUUGGCAAGCAGCUGCGCAAGGAAAAACGGGAACGGGAGGACGACCCCAAGAUCUGUCUCAAGAUCAACAACGGCAACAACCAAGAGGCCUUUGUCUGAAAAUGGGCUCACACAUGAACUGCACGAGUCAGGCUGAGAACCACGACACAACAAAGAGGAAAUGAGAGAGGAAUAAAAAUUGCAACCAGUGUAAUUCAA